UGGGCGCAGUAGUCAGGAGUCACAGUCUCAACAAGACGAGCCGAAACGCAGCAGUUUCUCUGUAAAGACAUUCUGAGGAUUCUCAGCGCUCCAUCCCCUCUACCUGUUCAACAGGUGUAGCCGGUGUUCUCUCGGCGGGCGCGCUCAGAGACAGACGCGAGGGACAGCGGCUCUAAGCGGGGUCAUUCAUGGUCAUCUAUGGGUGAGUGUCUGCAGAAAUCUUGUCCAUGUUUGGAAUCACUAUGGCAGAGGAUUUUCAAAGACAAGAAGGCUUCUCCUGGAGGAGGAGACGGAGUAGUCAGUGGUAGUGGAGGGGGAAGAGAGCGCGGCAGUGACGGCCGCGGUGAGGAAAGACCACCGAGUCCUUGUCCGGGUCCGGCGGACAGUGUGCCCGAGAGCAGCUCUAUCUACACGGCGGUGUGGCCGUUUGAAGCCCGUCACAAGGAUGAGCUGUCAUUUCAGGAGGGGGAUCUGUUCAAUGUUAUCAGCCGCAAGGGGGACUGGUGGACCGCACGGAGGAUCGACAAGAACGGGUGCGUCCUGGACACCGGGAUCGUGCCCAAUAACUACCUGGUCAGGGCGGAAUCCCUAGAAAUGCAACCAUGGUAUUUUGGGACAAUGAGCCGCUUUGAGGCCCAAAGCUACCUGCUGGGACCAGGAAACGACAACGGAGCUUUCCUCAUCCGACACAGUGAGAAGGACAACGUUGGAUACGUUCUUUCAGUGAGGGUCAGCAAUCAGGUGAAGCAUUUUAAGAUCCUCCAAGCAGGUGAUAAUUUUUACGUGGAGUACAACCGCAACUUCAGCUCUCUGAUUGACUUGGUGGAGUACUACUGUGCCAACAGCCUGAACAACAUAUACAGACUGGGAAACCCCAGCAAAAGGAAAAAGCCCAACACCCCAGAUUUGAAUCAUUUUACGGUGGAUGAGUGGGAGCUCCCGAAAGAGGAGUUUACCCUGGAGGAGCAGCUGGGCAGUGGCUACUUCGCUGAAGUCUACAGAGGACACUGGAAAAACCAUAUUAAAGUCGCCAUCAAGAUCCUCAAAAGUGACUCGGAGUUGAACUAUCGCGAAUUUCAGAGCGAAGUUCAGAUCCUGAAGCGUCUCCGUCAUCGUCACCUCAUCUCCCUGUUUGCUGUCUGUACGGCCUCAGCACCUUACUACAUCAUCACUGAGUUGAUGGAAAAAGGCAGCCUGCUCAACUUCCUCAGAGGUCCAGAGGGGCAGAAGCAAAACAUUGAGUUACUCAUUGACAUGGGCGCUCAGGUGGCUGAUGGGAUGGCAUACCUGGAGGAGCAGAACAGCAUCCACAGAGAUUUGGCGGCUCGAAACGUCCUGGUGGGGGAGGACUACAUCUGUAAGGUGGCUGACUUUGGACUGGCCAGAGUGAUCAAGGAGCCGUUCUACAUCACAGAAGAUAAAAAGAUACCCUACAAGUGGAGCGCUCCUGAGGCCAUCAGCCAUGGAAAGUUCUCUAACAAGUCAGACGUCUGGUCUUUUGGUGUCUUGCUCUAUGAGAUCACAACCCAUGGUGGCAAUCCUUACCCAGCCUUUAGCAACCAGGAAGUGUACCAGCAGGUUACCAAAGGCUACAGGAUGCCAGCUCCGGCCAAAUGUCCAGACUUUCUCUACGAAAUCAUGCUGAAAUGUUGGAGCGCCGAGCCAGUCGACAGGCCAGACUUCAAGUCCCUAAAGAUCCAACUGGAGGGCAGGUCCUACGAGUUGGAGUGAUUUACCAAAACUGUCCAUACUGCACUGAGAUGGGUAGCCACUGUCAACACAGAACAGCCAACGUGUUCUAUGUAGGGCUGGGGCGAUUCGUCGACGUAAUCGAUUACGUAAAUACGUCGACGCGCGUCGCUGCAUCCGGUGUGGGAUUCUCCCGGACAAGCUCCAGCUACAAAGUUUGGAGUAUUUCAGACAGACACUCAACAACGUGCUGCUCCGUGCAGCUCUCUGAACUGGAAACAGCUUCACUGCAGCACAGCUGCUGUCCACAAAUACGUGAAGCAGCAUGAACCCUUGAAACGAAAGUAUCCCGGAGCACUUUGUCGAGACGGCAGCACCGCAAAUCGUGUUUACUUUCUGUCGCCACACACGCACGGCACAUUGUCAGCACGAGCACACGUAGUCCGUUAAAAUGUUUAUUGCCUUCAUGUUAAAAGUAAUAUCUGCCCCACUGCUGUCAUGGUAACGUAACAAUUAAUUUUUUAAUUUAAUUAAUGUCUGUUAUUGUUAUUAUCACAUCACAGCAGUGACGUGGAAAUUUAAGAUUUGCUGCUAAUUGUCAUUGUUCUAAUGUGCUUCAUCAGGAUGAUUGAAUAAAAUAUAGAUUUAUUGAUUA